UCUUUCUCUGCUGACAUGAAGGUUUUUUUUGUGGGACUGGCCACUCUCUUGUGCUUUGCAGGAGCGGAGGCUCUGCGCUGCAAUGUCUGCAAACACAAGUUUCUCCUCUUUGGAUGUGUCCAGGGAUCAGGUGAAACGACGUGUGGAUGGAGGGAGAGAUGUGUGAACAUUAAAGCUUCUCUCGGGAAAUUACCUCUCUACUACCGGCUGAACUGUACCUCAGUGCAAAAUUGCGGCAAGGUGAGAGCACCCGAUGAAUCUCACCUUACUUAUGACUACACCUGCUGCAACACUGAUUUCUGCAAUUGAGCUGGCGGGGAGGAAGGUGUGUGUGGGGCAGUCAGUGUCAGUGAAUCAGUUAAGCUCUUAUAUUUGCUGUCUCUCUCCUUCUGCAAUGCAAGGAAGGGGAACGGAUCAUGACCCUCUUUUUCUUUUAAAUCCAGAUGAUUAUUUUUUUAAAGAUUCAGAUAUAUUUCCAUUCUUCCAGGAAAACACCUGCUUUCCUGUUGUCUUUAAAGCAGGGAUAGUGUCUCAGAGUGAUGAAGCUUGGGGUAAAAUGCUCCAAAGUGUCAAUGACAGAAGCCUAAUGUGGAGUAUUGGAAACUGUGUUCAAAAUGGCAUGCUGCCACUUUAUGUGUGAGAGGGUUGCUUGGCCCUGCAGCCUGGCUAGGUGGCUCUGAGGGAAACAUGUGAUCUGGGUUGUCUGAGUCAGUUAGCAGACAACUAGGUGUGGUGAGAUGCGCUUCUCUGGUUGUGGGGAGCAGCCUGCUUUGUCUCUCUCUGUUUCAGAGUUCUUGUGUGUCUUAUUGUUCAGAAUUCUAAGAAAUCAAGUUGUGUUAUAUUGCAACCUUCCAGCAAGAGUAUUUCUGUUCUGAUCCAACUUCUCUGUGUGUAUGCCAUGAAUAUAACACCUAAGUCCCACUAACUUUCCGUUUUACUCAUAAUCAUUUUUCUUAGUUCCAAAAUCAUAGGGUCUUUAGGAAUCUCUGAUCCACUGAAAUUAAUGGGACUGAACUCAUGUAACUGACAGUAGAACCUGGCCAUGUAUCUAUAUUUUCUUCUCCAGCUGGUCUGAUUUAUCGAGGUCUAAACUGGCAGGUCUGAUGCUGUAAUGGCUGCUUAGCACACUGAUCAGAGUCACCUUGCUUUUUCCUUGUACUCCCCACAUCUAGUGGUUGUAUCCACUUGUGGUGUCUCCUUCCUAAACUUAGAUGGUAAGUGCUUCAGGGCAGGGAAUGUUAUGUGCGUGUCUAGAGUCUAACACAA